AUGCCCAGCCACCGUAUGCUGACUCUGCUGCUUUUCAUCCUCGCCAACCACGCCGUCAUCGGCGAGAAUCUCGGCAACCCGUCGGGCCCUUUCGAUCCACUCACGGACGACGAGCAAAAUUCGACGUUUUCCGUCUGGUGGUACGGCCUGGUCAUCGUGACCGCGAUUCUCUUGCUCCAAUGGGCGAUUCGUCGCUGUAUCCCAUGGUCAUCCCGCUGCAUCAUUUGGGGGCCAUCGCCGAACGGACGAUGGGCGCCGUGCUUCCUCGCCGGCUGGUUCUCGCCUUGGGAGUACAGGUUUCAAAGAAUAUUGCGAGGGAAGGACACCAUGGAGGGAGGCUAUCUGACCAACGAGAGGCGCCCAGACAGCUACUGUCGCUUUGUUAAUAAGGAUCGGAACAAGCCCGAGAUGGAGGUGUACACGGAAUGGGCGGACCUGCCGGCCCACGUCGCCGAUCAGCUGUUCAACCAAAGCGUCCGCGAGGGCAAUAUUCUGUGG